CUCCUUACCACAGACAGGGAGACAACAGAGCCAUUUUGACAGCUCUUGGAGUAAGAAGAAGCGGGCGAGCAUCACUAAAAACCGACCGGCCACGUAUAAAGCAAGGCAGGGCAGAGAGGGCGGGAGGGUCGCUGGGUGAAAGACACGGUCGUCCUCUGCUCUCCCAGUUUUCAUGGGGAGGAGAGGCUGUUAGCUGGGGGCAGUGCCAGACCCGGAGGAGACCAGAGGAGGUGGAAGGAUAUUAAAACCAAGAUAAGCACGACAAACACGGUCUCAGCACAGGAGGAAGACGUUUUUUUGACCCUGCGGAGACCUAAAGAAGGCACCCAGAGGUGCUAGGAAGACAGCACCAUGGCAGGGGCCUCUGUGAAGGUGGCGGUGCGUGUCCGCCCCUUCAAUUCAAGGGAGAUCGGAAAAGAGAGCAAGUGCAUCAUUCAGAUGACUGGAAACACCACCACCAUCAUCAACCCCAAGCAGGCCAAAGACAACAAGAGCUUCAACUUUGAUUACUCCUACUGGUCCCACACCACGCCCGAGGAUGCCAACUAUGCCUCUCAGAUGCUGGUGUAUAAGGACAUCGGUGAGGAGAUGCUGCUGCACGCCUUCGAGGGCUACAAUGUCUGCAUAUUUGCUUAUGGUCAGACAGGCGCUGGAAAGUCCUACACCAUGAUGGGGAAGCAGGAUGUCAAGGAUCAGCAAGGAAUCAUCCCCCUGCUCUGUGAAGAUCUUUUCACCAAGAUUAUUGACAACACAGACAACAGCAUGUCUUACUCUGUUGAGGUUAGCUACAUGGAAAUCUAUUGUGAGCGUGUGCGGGACUUGCUGAACCCUAAAAACAAAGGGAACCUGCGUGUUCGAGAACAUCCUCUGAUGGGACCUUACGUGGAGGAUCUGUCAAAGCUCGCUGUCACCUCCUACAACGACAUCCAGGACCUGAUGGACUCGGGCAACAAGGCCAGGACUGUGGCUGCUACCAACAUGAAUGAGACCAGCAGUCGCUCGCAUGCCGUCUUUAACAUCAUAUUCACUCAGAAACGCCUCGAUGCUGAGACUGAUAACACCACUGAGAAGGUCAGCAAGAUAAGUUUGGUGGAUUUGGCGGGCAGUGAGAGGGCAGAUUCGACUGGAGCAAAAGGCACCAGGCUUAAGGAAGGAGCGAAUAUCAACAAAUCUCUAACCACACUGGGGAAAGUCAUCUCUGCGUUGGCAGAAGUGGACUCUGGGUCGAAUAAGAAUAAAAAGAAGAAGAAAGUAGAAAACCAUAUCCCCUACAGAGAUUCAGUUUUGACCUGGCUCCUCAGAGAAAAUCUGGGGGGGAAUUCUCGCACUGCAAUGGUAGCUGCCCUGAGUCCAGCAGACAUCAACUACGACGAGACCCUCAGCACACUCAGGUAUGCAGACAGAGCCAAACAGAUCCGCUGUAACGCCGUGAUCAAUGAGGAUCCCAACAACCGAUUAGUGCGCGAGCUGAAGGAGGAGGUGUCACGUCUGAAAGAUCUCCUCUAUGCCCAGGGCCUGGGUGACAUCAUUGAGAAGUAUCGAGCGUCUGAUGCUGAGAUCGAGGGUUUGAAAUUGACCAACGCCAUGACGGGCAUGAGUCCCUCUCCGUCUCUCUCAGCCUUGUCCAGCCGAGCCGGAUCCAUCGCCAGUCUGCAUGACCGCAUCAUGUUCAGCCCAGGCAGCGAGGAGGCCAUCGAGAGGCUGAAGGAAACAGAGAAAAUCAUUGCUGAACUCAAUGAGACCUGGGAGGAGAAACUUCGUCGAACGGAGGCGAUUAGAAUGGAAAGAGAGGCCUUGCUUGCAGAAAUGGGUGUGGCAAUGCGAGAAGAUGGUGGGACACUUGGUGUUUUCUCUCCCAAGAAGACACCUCAUCUUGUGAACCUGAAUGAGGAUCCUCUGAUGUCUGAGUGCCUGCUCUACUACAUUAAAGACGGGAUUACCAGGGUGGGUCGUUUGGAUGCCAGCAGUCGUCAGGACAUCGUCCUCAGCGGCCACUUCAUCAAAGACGAGCACUGCACUUUCACUAGCGCUACAGGUCCUAUGGGAGAAACAGUCGUCCUCGAGCCCUGUGAAGGAGCAGAGACUUAUGUGAAUGGAAAGAGGGUGACAGAGCCCACCAUCCUCAAAUCAGGAAAUCGCAUCAUCCUGGGUAAGAGCCAUGUGUUCAGGUUUAACCACCCAGUGCAGGCGAGGGCGGAGAGGGAGAGGACCCCGUGUGCAGAAACUCCCUCUGAGCCCGUGGACUGGGCCUUCGCUCAGAGGGAGCUGCUGGACAAACAGGGCAUUGACAUGAAACAGGAAAUGGAGCAGAGGCUGCAGGAGCUGGAGGAGCAGUAUCGCAAAGAAAGAGAGGAGACCAACAACCUUCUGGAGCAGCAAAGACUGGAUUAUGAGAGCAAGCUGGAGGCUCUUCAGAAGCAAGUGGACCGUUACUACCCAGACGUCCCUGAAGAAGAGGAAGAGCCAGAAGAGGAAGUGCAAUGGACAGAGAAGGAGAGAGAGCUGGCUGUGUGGAGUUUCCGCAAGUGGCGGAGCUAUCAGUUCACCUCUCUGCGUGAUCUGUUGUGGGGAAACGCCAUAUUCCUCAAGGAGGCCAACGCCAUCAGCGUAGAACUAAAGAAAAAGGUCCAGUUCCAGUUCAUCCUGCUCACAGACACUCUGUACUCCCCCCUGCCUCCAGACCUGCUGCCUCCAGAGGCCACUAAAGACAGAGACGUACGACACUUCCCACGCACCAUUGUGGCUGUGGAGGUGCAGGAUCAGAAAAAUGGAGCCACCCACUACUGGACAUUAGAAAAACUGAGGCAGAGGCUCGAUCUCAUGAGAGACAUGUAUGAUCGUGCGGCUGAUGUGCCGCACAACACGACUGAAGACUCUGAAAAUGUGAUGACCGGAGGAGACCCCUUCUACGACCGCUUCCCCUGGUUCCGUCUGGUUGGCAGAAACCCUCUUUUCAACACAUGCAUGAGCGAGCGCAUGAGUGACCCCACCCCACCCUCGUCCCUCUCCAACUCUGAAAUAACUGAGCUGGCCGAAGCUCAGCGCGAGGGUCGAGGGGAGGCGGAGGAGUUGGAAGAGUUGGAGGACCUGGACGAUGAUAUCUUUUUGGAGGACCCGUGCUUGGAGCUCGGGGCAGAUGAUGAUGAGGAUGAUGUUGAUGAUGAUGAUGAUGAUGAGGGAGAGCUCUGCCGAGGCUCCAGCGAAGGCCAGGAUCCCUUUUACGACCGCACACCUAUAUUCAGUGUAGUGGGAAGGGCUUUUGUGUAUCUGAGCAACCUGCUGUACCCGGUUCCUCUGGUCCACCGCGUGGCCAUCGUCAGCGAGAAGGGAGAAGUGAAGGGCUUCCUCCGUGUGGCGGUGCAGGCCAUAUCAGCUGAUGAGGAAGCUCCUGACUACGGCUCGGGAGUGAGGCAGUCCGGUACUGCCAAAAUCUCUUUUGAGGAUCAUCAAUAUGAAAAGUUCCAGUCUGAGACCUGCUCUGUAGGUCUGUCGCGUACUGGGGUCUCCCAGGAGGAGCUUCGUAUUGUGGAAGGGGAGGGGCAGAACUCAGAAAUGGGUCCCUCAGCUGAUGAGGUUAACAACAACACAUCCGGUGCAGACGAGCCUGAGAAUCCGCUGAAGGCCGCUCUGGAUGGGGCAUCUGAAGCCGCUCUGGAGCAUCUGAAGAUUGGUAACGUUUUCACCUUCAGGGUGACCGUCCUGCAGGCCUCCAGCAUCUCUGCAGAAUAUGCCGACAUCUUCUGCCAGUUCAAUUUCAUCCACCGCCACGAUGAAGCCUUCUCCACUGAGCCACUCAAAAACACCGGCAGAGGCCCUCCGCUGGGCUUCUAUCAUGUGCAGAAUAUUGCUGUGGAAGUUACUAAAUCCUUUGUUGACUACAUCAAGACUCAACCCAUCGUGUUUGAGGUGUUCGGCCACUACCAGAAACAACCGUUUCUUCCUCUCUGUAAAGAUGUCAUCAGUCCACUCCGUCCCUGCAGAAGACAGUUCCCACGAGUGAUGCCCCUGUCCAAACCAGUACCUGCAACCAAGCUGACAGCUAUGACCCGCCCGCAGGCAGGACCCUGCCACUGUAAAUAUGAUCUCAUGGUGUUCUUUGAGAUCUGUGAGCUGGAGGCCAACGGAGACUACAUCCCUGCAGUGGUGGACCACAGAGGAGGAAUGCCUUGCCAUGGCACAUUCCUACUGCAUCAGGGCCUCCAGAGGAGAAUCACUGUCACCAUCGUACAUGAGUCAGGAGGUGACAUGGAGUGGAGGGACAUCCGUGAGCUUGUUGUGGGACGUCUCCGCAACACCCCCGAAGCAGAUGAGACGAUUAUUGACCCAAAUAUCCUCUCUCUCAACAUCUUGUCUGCUGGGUAUGUCAGGCCCAUGCAGGAUGACCGACAGUUUCUUGAUUCGGACAUGCCUAGCAUUUCCCUGGGACGUGACCAUAGGACUUUCUAUCGCUUCGAGGCUGCUUGGGAUAGCUCCAUGCACAACUCCCUGCUACUAAACCGAGUCACUCCUUAUGGGGAGAAGAUCUAUUUGACCCUCUCUGCCUACUUGGAGAUGGAGAACUGCACCCAGCCUGCAGUUAUAACCAAAGAUAUCUGCAUGGUGUUUUAUUCUCGAGACACAAAGCUCUCCGCCUCACGCUCCAUCAGAAACCUCUUUGGUACUGGAAGCCUUAGAGCAGCAGAUGGAAACCGUGUAACUGGAGUUUAUGAGGUCAGCCUAUGUAACCUGGCAGAUGCAGGAAGCCCAGGUAUGCAGAGGAGACGCAGGCGGGUGCUGGACACCUCAGUUGCCUACGUCCGUGGGGAGGAGAACCUGGCCGGGUGGAGGCCCCGCAGCGACAGCCUCAUUCUGGACCACCAGUGGGAGCUGGAGAAACUCAGCCUUCUUCAAGAUGUGGAGAAGACCAAACAUUAUCUCCUGCUGAGGGAAAAAUUGGAGUCAACACUGCUCAUGGGCCAGGAGGCCCUGCUGACCUGUGUCCCUGAGGAGCCGAGUGAGUCUCCUCAGCCCUCUGAGGUCGACCCAGAGGUCAGCUCCUGCAAUGAAAUCACCACUGAGAGGCAGAGAGAGCUCGCCGCCAAGUGUUUGCGGCUGCUCACUCACUCCUUCAACCGAGAAUACAGCCACGUUUGUGUCAGCGCCAGUGAAAGCAAGAUCUCAGAGAUGUCUGUCACAACGCUAAAAGACUCCACUUCAAUCUCUGCUCUGAACACGAUCAUACCCUCCACAACAUGCCCUUCACUGGUCGAUGGUUGCUCCAGCAAUACUGAACUCAGACCACCUGCGCCUCGCUCUCGUGCAGUCAGCCCCACUCCUGACAAACAACAGGACCAAGAGGCCAAGAAGUCCGUUAAUGGAGCCUCUGACACCAAGCCUCGCAUCCGCAGAUUUUUCCCAGAUAUUCAGGAGAUCAGAGUCAGCCCCAUUGUAUCAAAGAAGGGUUACAUACAUUUCUUGGAGCCCCACACAAACGGUUGGGUGAAGCGCUACGUAGUUGUGCGGCGGCCGUACGUCUACAUCUACAACACAGAGAGAGACACUGUGGAGCGUGCCAUCCUCAAUCUCUCCUCGGCCCAGGUGGAGUACAGUGAGGACCAGCAGGCAAUGCUGAAGACCCCGAACACAUUUGCCGUGUGUACAGAACAUCGUGGAAUCCUGCUUCAAGCCACAAAUGACAAAGAGAUGCACGACUGGCUGUACGCGUUUAAUCCUCUCCUCGCUGGAACGAUCAGGUCAAAGCUGUCGAGAAGACGAGCCGGACAGAUGAGGAUGUGAAACAAAGACUAACAUGUACAUAGAUCCUUGUCCUGAUCCCUCCCCUUGUGCUGAGCCCUAUCCCCCCUCAAACACACACAGUCACAAACAACCAUGUUCCUCCCGUACAUCCUCAAUUUAUCACUAGUGUCCUCAGCACCUAAAGCGACCAUUUCGUGUCAGGCCUUUGCUGCGGUGUGAGUCUCGUAGUCUGACGAACCUCUUCUGUCACUGUACUGUACCGGAGUUUAAUCUUAGCUGGGUGAACGAAGAAAAGGGAGAAAGUAGCAACAGUUUCUAAUCUCAGAUUACAAAGCGUAUGGUAAUGUACUGUAGUUGUUGUCAGUGACACAUCAAGCCUUAUACAUUUAUUCCUUAAAAAAAAUGCAGUGUCAUUUCUUUUUACCUAAAGCUGCCAUGUCAGUGAGGAUCAAACUGCUACAUUUACAUCAGUAAAUAGACAAACAUGCUGAUUCUUCUCUUCUCUACUCUACAGCUAUAUAUACUGUGUCGAAACUGGUUUGCAUACAGCUAAAAAAUACAUGCAAGUUGAUGAAAAAAAAUGACAGUUGAGUGUAACUCUUAAGAAUAAUCCUCUUUUCUUUGUGGUCCAUGAAUCCUGUCUUUGAGUUUUCUGCCUCUUAGAAACGUUAGCACACACAGCCUGGCAAAGGGAAUGGCAUUCUCAUCAUAGACUUCAUGUUCUCGUGGCAUUUUUGACCAUUUCAUAUAGUUUUACGCUACUUGUAGGAGCACCAAAGGUAUCUACUUUCACACACAAUAAGUAAUCAAAUAUCAUCACCCUAAUUCCUGUCAAUUUAAUCUCAAUCUCUACCUGAUUUUUCCUUUAAAAUGUGAUAUAUUUAGAUAUUUAACUGCUUUUAUUAUUUAUUUCUGCAUGUAUUUAUUUACAAAGACGUUUAUAUUUCUAAAAAAAAAAAAAAAGUAGUACCGUGCAAUUUCUGCACACUGCACUUUUUAAUGAGUUCCAUAAAUGUCUGAAUAACACAACCUAUAGUCCCCUUGUAGUCAAUCUAAUUAUCUAAAAUAUGUAAUGAUUUAUGAUUGGCUACUUUCUUUGUGCUGAAGAUUACUUGAAUAAAACUAUCCUCUUCAGACUAGGAUAGUGAUGCCUAACCAUUGCCCCCGUACAUUAUUAGGUAGAGAAAACUAAGGUGGUCUGCACAAAGUUACCUUGUUAAGGGAUCAAAAGUAUCAACUGUUUCAGAAGAAUAAACAGUUUUUCUGAAUGAUAUGUACAUUAAUUAAUGUAGUGCCUCUCUUUUCAGUCAUACUGUACAGUAUGCCGCUGCACCAGUUGCUUUGAAACAACAUCCUUCAUGCUGCUAUAAAACUGUUCUGGAAGUGUCUGCAGAUCAUUUCUCAUCAACUUCCUGCUUUUUUAUCAUCAUCAUCAACAUACUCAGACAAAAAGGUUCAAUUUAUUUCUAUUUGUAAUAUGGCACUCAGCUGUCAUAUUGUACUCCCAUAGCACAUAUACUCAAAAAACAUUAAGAAGCCGUACAUUAACAUAGUGCAGGACUGUCAGAAAGCAAUGAUUAAUGUCUGUAGAGUCAUGCUUUAAACUGAAAAGAGUAAACCGUGGCCAUUUCAAAGUUCAUGUUGAAAGGCUAUACACCUGUUCUUUAACAAAAAAAUCAAUUCAUUGAUCUAUUAUGAAAAUGGAAGCUGUUUAUUUAUGCAGCAUUUCAUUCAAUUUGACUCUGGGUCUGAAAAUGAGCCAGUACUUAUAAAGCUUGUGAGAUGUUGUGUUGUAGUUGUGAGUUUGAUGACGGGUGUGCCUCAGGUCAACCAGCCUAGAGAGCAUGCUCAAAGACAGUAGUGAUGUUUUUCUCUCAAACAGGUACAACAACAACAUCCCACAGUCUUACGCUGUCAUAGAAACACGAGAAAGAAAAAGGUUUUAUUGCAUUCAUUUUAUGUAAUGGCACAGUCAAAUUUAGGAGUAAACUUAAUGUUAUAGAUUUAUUAAUGCUGCAUAUAUCCUGAAAUUGGAAAGUAAAAACAAAACAUGCAGCCAAUUUGUGUACAACUGCCAGUAUUUACCCAUAACAAAUGUCCUUUAGUUUGUUGACCAGCAGGUUGAAUGAUCAAUAUAUUGAUCAAAGUGUGUCACUGGCUUUCCUGGCAGCGCUGCAGUUGUGUUUUAUCCAGCUAUAGCAUAAUAAUUGAAGGAAUACCCUGUUGUACUGUACAUGACACUGUCUAAGCACUCAUUUCUGUCUCAUUUCCUUUAUAAUGCAGUCGUAAAAAGUAAUAUUGGAUCUCUAUGUUGAGAUUAUUCCUCUUGUUUUCUUUGAGCCUUUAAAUGUGCAUCACAUUUGAGCCAACCAAAGUUUUGUUGGCACAGUCACAAAAAAAGUACACUGAAUGUAACAUUGAUAUUUGAAAAUACUUGUCCUGCUGGAGUGGUUGUGUUGACUUGUCUUCUGGUUUCACAGUCUGGUUCCUUCAUGAUUGUAGGUUAGUGACUAUCAGGGAACCAAAUGGAGUUUAUAAGAUAUAUCUGUAGUAAUCUGUCCACUGACAUGUAGGGGGAGGAUGGUUCAUUUGGGCCCUGCUAGGCAUUGCAUCUUGCACAGAGUGAUGCUGUCGGUUACAUUUCUCACAAACUUCACUUUCAUUUCAGUAUCUACCUUCACAGUCAUGCGCUGGAGCCUUCACAACAUAUACGUUUUCUAAUCCCUUUGAAGAAAUAUCAUUUACAUUUCUGUGCUUCCACAUGUAAUCUUUUUUUUGUUGUUGCACUAUCAAAUUGCACCGGUACUUUUUUUCUCUGGCUGAAAUUAUUUUGCAUUGUAUAUAAACAUGAUUGCUGUGAACAGUGUAUUAUAAAGUUGCACCCAUUUACAAAGUCUUAAAUGGGCAGUAGUUCAGUCGGUGUCUCUGAGUGUUGGAGUUUAGCGUCAAAUGUUUGUGUACACUAAACACAUUGUCAUAUAAGAAAUAAACCAUGAGAUUAUGCAACACAAA